UAAUCUUAAAUGAUUACUAACCUUUGCCACUUCCUAACAUCUGUUUAAGUUCACAAGAAAUGCUUUAAAAUUCAGUUAUUAUUUCCAAAAAGUUUCUUUUUAGUGAACGCAAUCCAUAAAGAAAUGACCAAUUUAUUGAAUAAAAUCUUCGUUGUGUUGCAAGUAGUUGCUUGCUUGCACUAUUCCUUGUGCUUCUCGUUCGAAUCCGAUGUCAGUCCAUGUGACUUAUUUAUUGGGGAAGACGACACCGACAAUACCUUGUUUUGUGAUCAAGAGAACACCACUUUAGAACAAAUAAAGAAUGCUCUGAAUUCUCUCAAGGGACAAGGUACCAUAGAAUUGGAACUGUACAAAGUGAGUUUGGGUGUUGUACCGUCGGAUUUCUUCAAGGGUCACAACAUUAAAGUUUUGACCAUCGCUUUCUGUGACCUAAAGAGCCUGGCUGGGGGAGGCGGACGAAUUCUAGAGGGUCUUGAAAAUACUGUAGAAGCAUUGAUGAUUAAGGGAAGUUCAAUUGAUGGAAAUGAGUUUCGGAAUUCAGCUCUGAGCCACUUGAGGAAACUGAAACACAUUGACUUCGAAUCCAAUAACUUCGAAGAAAUAGGAGAUGACUGGUUUAAGAACUCCCCACCAUCUUUGCAAUCGGUUUGGCUUUCAAAUAACAACAUUAAGAAGCUUGGAGAUCGAGCUUUUGCGGAUAUUGUCAAUCUUGAUUUCUUAGGACUGAGUGGCAACAGUUUGAGAUCUGUUAGUAGAAACAUGCUGCCAAAUCCCGCAAAGAAACUGUGGCGUUUAGAAUUAGAUGAUAAUAAACUAUCUAAUCUUCCUGGAGAUAUUUUUUUGAACGCUCCAAACCUGGAAAGAGUUUCCAUUUCUUCCAAUUUAAUUUCCGCGUUGCCCGAAAAUGUUUGGCGACCUAUUUGGAAACAGUUGACUCACAUAGAUAUAGACAAAAAUCCGUUAAACUGCGAUUCUCUUGAAGACUGGAUUUCCGAAGAAUCAACAUGCGCUAAAGUUACUGGAACUUGCAGAUUUUUUCAUGGAACAUAUCGAAAGAAACUGCCUUUGAAACGUGACUUAAACUGUUAAUAACACUGUUAUUGCCAAUAAAUGAGACAAAUUUAUUAAA